ACAUUUAGCCGCGGUAAUCAACCUGCCAGCCAGAUGGCUAUUGUAGAGGCGAGUCACAGUGUUGGCAUGACACAAGAAAAUCUACCAGACUACCAGGCAGGACUAAAUACUGCGGAAGAAAAUUAUUUAGAUUCAUAUGGGUCUUCUUGUACUCGUUGUGGAGACCCUUUUCAGUUAAAUGAAAAAGUCGUGCAGACAAAAGACAGCAACUAUCACGUGAAAUGUUUUGUCUGCGCCCAGUGCUUUCAACCUUUUCCGGACGGUGUUUAUUACGAAUUUGAUGGCCGAAAAUAUUGCGAACAUGAUUUCCACGUUUUAUUCGCACCUUGUUGUGGAAAAUGUGGUUGUUUCAUAAUUGGCAGGGUCAUUAAGGCAAUGAAUUUCAAUUGGCAUCCCGAUUGCUUUCGCUGUCAGAUCUGUGAUAAGUGUCUUGCAGACGAAGGCUUCGUUAAACUACAUGGAAGAGCUGUUUGUCACGCAUGUAAUGAACAUGAGAAAGCAUCUGGUUUGUCAUACAUCAUUUGUCACAAAUGCCGAGCUGUUGUUGAAGAAGGACAGCAGUUGAAGUAUCGCUCUGAAGUGUAUCAUGCAUAUCACUUCUCGUGUGCAUCUUGUGGUUCGGAGCUUUCUUCUGAUGCUAGGGAAAAGGAUGGAGACCUAUACUGUCUUCGUUGCCAUGACAAGAUGGGAAUUCCUAUAUGUGGUGCUUGCAGACGGCCAAUUGAAGAACGUGUAGUUCAUGCUCUAGGAAAAACGUGGCACGUGGAACACUUCGUUUGCGCUCGUUGUGAAAAGCCAUUUCUGGGUCUCGUCAUUAUGAGAAGAAAGGUUUGGCUUAUUGUGAAUUACAUUACCAACUGUUGUUUGGAAUGCUUUGCUAUUCUUGUAAUCAAGUUAUUCCUGGAGAGACUGUUUACGCACUGAACAAAGCAUGGUGUGUGGAUCAUUUUGGUUGCAGCGUAUGCGAUAGACGACUAAGUCCAAAUGCUGCCAACACUAGUGUCGCUGUGAAUGGUUUCGAUCAUUUAAACAGUUUUUACUGCAAAAGUACUUUCCAUUCAGAGAAGCAAACCACCUAUAGGAAAAGCAGUGUUGUUCAACCACAAAAGUGUCAUUCAUAGCUCACUUCCGAUUCCGCCACAGAAACUUGUACCUAUAAAGAAACUUAAACUAUUAAGAUAGUGGUUUCAUACAGUAUAUUCGUCUUUGUUGGUAGCAGGCAGCAAAAUGCUGCAUGAAACAGAAUGUGACUACUGUAUCACAUAAAUCACUUGGUCUGUGUUGAACAUGUAACACAAAAUAAAUGUAUCUUGUACGUGAUUACUUAUAUCAGAUGUCAGUAUACAAAGGCCAUUGUAAAAUAUAUUCGAGUCCCCAUUUUGCAAUGUUGUUGACUUGCAUUCUUAAGUUGUAUUUCCUUCACUUAUAGAACUAAAUUUUAUGAAUUUGACUACAAACCAGUAUGCAAGUCAUGUUACGACCUGUUCCCGAUCGAAUUACGCAAACGCAUUGCGAAAAUGCAUAAGAUGGAAGAUUGAGACGAACUUCAUGUUCAGUAUAUGGGUUUCCACGAAAUAUUGCUUAUUCGAUCUGCUGCGAUCUCAAAUUUACUGCAGCUUCUGAUAACAUAAUAUCUACAAACAUACUUCGCAUCUUUUGUUUUUUUAUUCGCUUAGAUUUGUAAAUGGACCUGGUCUUUGGCUGAUUUAUAACCUAAAAAUAAAGUGCUUAAAAUUACG